GCGCAAGAUCGUGUUUUACCCUGGAUUGGCAGCAUUUCACCACCGCUACAGCCACAAAACCCCACAGGCAGUGCCGACAUGACCGACAUCAUCCUGUAUGAACUACGAAGUCAGGAAGUGUCGCAUAUACACGCAAUUUUGUUACCGACACCCCACUUGGAUCAGUAUGUCGCUACCGAGGAUGCGCAAUAUCCUGACCAAGUCCUCGCUACUUGCAACACCCAUUCGUCGCGUACUUUGGAGAAGGCAAGUGGGGUCAGUCGGAGUUCGCCGCUCGGACAAUAGACGCAUACGUAUAUGCAUACCAACCUGACAUUACGACCAUGCACGUGCCGGCAUAGUGGGUCUCCCUCAGUGCUUAGUCGAACGUAUGCACACAGGAAGGUCUCCGUGUACUCCGUGGUGGUGGUGUGAGUGUCUGCGAUUUAGUAUAGCAAUUGCAUGCACAGGGCCACUCUACCUUAUAGAGCACUUGCAAGUACACACAUAAGUCCUGCAUGCAGUGAAACCAUAACACGCAC